UUAAACUGAAAACCAUAGAAACAGUUGCAAAUAUAUUCCGAUCGUCAGGUAACACCUGCUACCAAUAUUUCUAGGCAAUUAGUAAAAGAUGGUUGAAGGACUAGGCUUUCCUCAAAGGAUCAUAAAGGCCACUCCUUCAAAAGCUCUGGUCAUCAGAAUCAAUCUAGUUUUCCUCGCUUUCUUCAUCAUUGUCUACGCCGCUCUUCUUCUCCGGCCAUCUCUUUCGGUCUAUCACGAAAACGCAGCUUCUCUUGUUAGAUGCUCUAUUCGAGAAUGCCAUCACAAGGUAAGGUGGGAUGAAAAUGGAAUCAAGGUGAAGGCUGUCUUGGAGGAGUCGACUGAUCAUGAUGAGUCCAAUAUUAAUUUGCCAAAUUAUAACAAGUCCAAAAAUAUAGGAUUAAUAAACGAGACUACUAGUAGUCAUGAUGAAUUGGAAAUUCCAAGCUUCUUGAAGAAAAUGUUGGGGAAGGGAAAGAAGAAGAUUGGGAUGGUGAACAUGGAUGAAGAAGAUGUGAGUGAGUGGAAUAGAAAGUAUUUAGGAGAAACCAUUGCUGUAAAUUUCGAUCACGUGACGGAUUUUUUCAAGUGGGAGGAUUUGUUUCCCGAGUGGAUCGACGAAGAGGAAGAGAGCGACGUGCCGUCGUGUCCGGAGGUUCCGAUGCCGGAUUUCAAAAGGUACGGGAAGAUGGACGUGAUAUUGGCGAAACUUCCAUGCAAUGAGAAGGAGAGGAGGGACGUGUUUAGGCUGCAAGUUCAUCUGGUAGUGGCGAAUUUGGCUGUGAAGAAAGGGAAGAGGGAUUGGAAUAAGAGGACCAGAGUGGUGUUUUGGAGCAAGUGUAGGCCGAUGAUGGAGCUGUUUAGGUGCAGCGAGUUGGUGAAACGACAAGGAAAUUGGUGGUUCUUUGAGCCGGAGAUCCCCAAGUUGGAGCAAAAGUUGUCGUUGCCGGUCGGUUCUUGCCAGUUGGCUCUGCCGCUCUGGGGUCAAGGAAUCCACGACAUCUACGACGUGACGAAGAUCCAAAGCAGCAGCACAAGUUAUCUAAAGAAGAAAUCCAAGAAACGAGAGGCCUACGCCACAGUCCUCCACUCCUCCGAAGCGUACGUUUGCGGCGCCAUAACCUUAGCCCAGAGCCUCCGGCGCAGCGGCACCGACCGCGACCUCAUACUCCUCAUCGACAACUCCAUCUCCGCCGAAAAGCGCGCCGCCCUCGCCUCCGCCGGGUGGCAGAUCCUCGUCAUAACGCGCAUCCGCAACCCCAACGCCGAGAAGGGCGCCUACAACGAGUACAACUACAGCAAGUUCCGGCUCUGGCAGCUCACCGACUACGACAAAAUCGUCUUCGUCGACGCCGACAUCAUCGUACUCCGAAACCUCGAUCUCCUCUUCCACUUCCCUCAGAUAACCGCCGCCGGCAACGACUUCUCCCUCUUCAACUCCGGCAUAAUGGUCCUCGAGCCCUCCAACUGCACCUUCAAAGUCUUCAUGGAAAGCCGAAACGACGUCGUUUCUUACAACGGCGGCGACCAGGGCUUCCUCAACGAGAUGUUCGUCUGGUGGCACCGCCUUCCAAGGAGAGUCAACUUCUUGAAGGAUUUCUGGUCCAAUUCCACCAUUAAUGAAAUCAGCUUUAAGAACGAGCUUUUCGGUGCCGAUCCGCCCAAAGUUUACGCUAUUCAUUACUUGGGGUGGAAGCCAUGGCUGUGUUACAGAGAUUAUGACUGCAAUUGGGAUGUGGAGGAGAGUUUUGUGUACGCGAGUGACGUGGCACAUCAUAGAUGGUGGAAGGUCUACGACGCCAUGGACGAGAAGUUGCAGAGCUUUUGCAGGUUGACGAAGAGGAGGAAGACGGAGUUGGAGUGGGAAAGGAGGAUUGCUAGGAAGAAGGGAUUGGUCAAUGGGCAUUGGAGGAUCAAUAUUACAGAUCCUAGACGCUCUCAUUUGGUUAAAGAUUAGGAUUUUUUUCCUUAAAUUUUUGUUUAAAAGUUACAUGAUCGAUAUUGUUUGUUGUGUCCAGUUCUUUUGCCAAUAAUUUAUGCAGUGUGAAUA